AGAGAGCGACACUUGUAUUGAAUGCAGUGUUCAUUGUAUUCAUGCAUUCAUUGACAGCGACUGGCAAUUGAGUGAUGUUUGACUCAAUCACUGGUUUAACUGUCAUUUGAUGGCAAUUGUAUGACAAUUGACUCGUGAGUUCCGAGUCCAUCACUUGAUUCACACCUCUUGUCAUACAUGCCAUUGUUGGGCGUCCGUUGAACAGCAGACAAAGUGUUAGUAAAUUGAAAAUAUUGUCAAUUAAUUAGGCAUUGAAUUGAUUGUCAACUGGUGGCAACUGAUCCACUGAAUGGUCAAUGAGUGCUAAAAACAAACUCAAUCUAAAGCUUCCGCACUCUUCAGUGCAAACCAAUGACAACAAUCUCAUCGACCCAUCCAUAGAAAAACAUGUGGACACGAGUCUUGAGGGGCUGCACAAGACAUUAGAGGGUCUCGAGUUGGAUGAGCAGCAGAGGAAGCGGUUGGAGGUAUUCCUGUCGCAGAAGCAGAAGGUUGGCGAACAGCUCAAUGCCGAAGACUUCGACAAUUUGGGUGAUUUGGGUGCAGGCAAUGGCGGUGUCGUCACCAAAGUUAUGCACCGCUCCUCCGGUCUCGUUAUGGCCCGCAAAUUAAUCCAUUUGGAGGUGAAGCCGGCCAUCAGGAGUCAGAUAAUCCGAGAGCUGAAAGUACUUCACGAAUGCAAUUCUCCGCAUAUCGUCGGCUUUUACGGCGCUUUCUAUUCAGACGGAGAGAUGAAUAUAUGUAUGGAAUAUAUGGACGGCGGAUCGUUAGACCUGUUGUUGAAGAAAGCAAAUCGUAUUCCGGAACAGAUUUUAGGAAAGGUUACCAUUGCUGUCAUCAAAGGCCUUAACUAUUUGCGGGAAAAGCAUCAGAUAAUGCACAGGGAUGUGAAGCCCUCGAAUAUAUUAGUGAAUUCUAGGGGAGAAAUAAAGAUUUGUGACUUUGGAGUGAGCGGUCAACUCAUCGAUUCAAUGGCCAACUCCUUUGUGGGCACGAGAUCUUACAUGUCGGUCAUCCUUCCAAUACUGAUGUCCAAUACUGAUGUCCUUUCAUUGAAUCUCAAGCCCGAGAGACUUCAGGGAAAUCAUUAUACAGUUCAGUCAGACAUAUGGAGUUUAGGACUUUCAUUGGUAGAGAUGGCGAUCGGAAGAUAUCCAGUUCCACCUCCUGAUGAGAAAGAGUUGACUUCAAUAUUUGGUGACAAAUAUACGCCCGAAACGAACGAAAUUUGUCCGCCGUCUCAGAACUAUCACUCGUUGAGUCCAAUCGGGAAGUUCAGACCCAAUCCCAACAAUUUGAAUCAAAUCCUUGGUUCGGGUGCUGCCGGAGACGGACCCCGACUAUCCAUUUUUGAAUUAUUGGAUUAUAUCGUCAAUGAACCGCCGCCUACUGUUCCUAAAUCGGUAUUUACUGCAGAUUUCAAGGACUUUGUCGAUCGAUGUCUCACUAAAAAUGCGGCCGAAAGAGCAGACCUUAACUCACUUAUGAGCCACUCGUUUAUAAAGCGGUCUGAGAGUGAAAAGACAGACUUCUCGCGUUGGAUCUGUCAGAUCAUGCAAUUGGAUCCGUCGACUCCCACCAAAACAACCAGUCCUAACAGCACCGCUUGAUUCUGGUUUAACUUAUUUGAUUUACUUAUGUUUUCUAUUUAUUGUAAAUAUUAUUUCAACAAAAGUAAUGCACAUUUGUGUCAUUCAAUGAAAUUUACUUUAUUUCCAUUGGUUUGGAUUUACCGUAAUUAUGACUUCAUUUAAAUUAUAAACUAAAACAUCAUUACAAUUAAAAAUUGCUUUCAAAUACAACUAAAAUAAAAUACAA